AUAGCGGAAUGCAGCCACAGCUGAGGAUAUUUCUAUCUCCCUCUCACCACCAGUGUUUGUCAUUUUGUCAUCAAUACUCGGUCGCCGUAAUUCAUUUUUUCCCUUCUUAAUAGCAACUGUUUGUGGGAUAAUCAUCGGAGCUGGUGUAAACCGGUUAUAAGAGGACAAAAACAUGAGUGUCGAGGCGUACGGGCCGAGCUCACAGACUCUGACGUUCCUCGACACGGAGGAGACUGAGCUGCUGGGAGCGGACACCCAGGGCUCCGAGUACGACUUCACUGACUUUACACUGCCGAGCCAGACCCAGACACAAGGCCAAACCCAGAGCCAGCUGGAACACCAGGUCAAUGGUCCUGACGGCCUGCUUCAGAAUGGAGACGACCCGAUGCUUAAAGCCAGUCAGCUGCUGGCUGAGCUGAAUUUUGAAGAGGAUGAAGAGGACACCUAUUACACAAAGGAUCUACCUUUACAUGCCUGCAGUUACUGUGGGAUUCAUGAUCCAGCCUGCGUGGUUUACUGCAACACCAGCAAAAAGUGGUUUUGUAAUGGCCGUGGAAACACAUCCGGCAGCCAUAUUGUAAACCACCUGGUGAGAGCGAAGUCCAAGGAGGUGACCCUGCAUAAAGAUGGCCCUCUGGGGGAAACGGUACUUGAGUGCUACAACUGCGGCUGUCGCAACGUCUUCCUCCUGGGCUUCAUCCCUGCCAAAGCUGACUCAGUAGUGGUGUUACUGUGCAGGCAGCCAUGUGCCAGCCAGAGCAGCCUGAAGGACAUCAACUGGGACAGCUCACAGUGGCAGCCGCUUAUCCAAGACCGCUGCUUCCUGUCAUGGCUUGUCAAAAUCCCUUCAGAGCAGGAGCAGCUCCGGGCUCGUCAAAUCACCGCCCAGCAGAUCAACAAGCUGGAGGAGCUCUGGAAGGAAAAUCCCACUGCCACUUUGGAGGACCUGGAGAAGCCCGGUGUGGACGAAGAGCCCCAACAUGUGCUGCUUCGCUACGAGGAUGCCUACCAGUACCAGAACAUCUUUGGUCCUCUGGUCAAGCUGGAGGCUGACUAUGAUAAGAAACUCAAAGAGUCCCAGACUCAAGACAACAUUACAGUCAGAUGGGAUUUGGGCCUGAAUAAAAAGAGGAUUGCUUAUUUUACUAUUCCCAAGACGGAUUCUGACAUGCGACUGAUGCAGGGAGAUGAAAUUUGCCUGAGGUACAAAGGAGACCUGGCCCCUCCAUGGAAAGGCAUUGGGCAUGUCAUCAAAGUCCCUGAUAACUAUGGUGAUGAGAUCGCCAUAGAGCUGAGGAGCAGUGCGGGGGCUCCAGUGGAGAUCCCUCACAACUUUCAGGUCGACUUUGUGUGGAAAUCCACUUCCUUUGACAGGAUGCAGAGCGCCCUGAAGACCUUUGCUGUGGAUGAGACUUCAGUGUCUGGUUACAUCUACCACAAACUGCUGGGACGAGUAGAGGAUGUGGUCAUCAAGUGCCAACUGCCAAAACGCUUCACUGCUCAGGGCCUGCCUGACCUUAACCACUCUCAG